UUUUAUUUAGUUUUCAUGGUGCUUUUAUUUAGUUAAAAUUCAGACUUGUGUUUGUAAUAUUAUCUAAAAACUGUGUUCAAGUAUUUGAAGUAUUCAAAAUGUUGAAAAAUCAAUCACCACGUUUAAAACGUUGUAAAGAUGUUGCGGUUUUUCUACUGCUGGCGACUAUAGCCACAUUUGGUCAAGCAACUAAGCAUGCAGAUUUAAAGUGGAUCACCGCUUUCUCGGCCAAUAACCAAACCUCGGUCGAAGGCUACGUUUUUAACGCAAUCUAUGUUGACAAGGGGAGGUCAGUGACGUUUACCUGUAUCAUACGUAACAGUACACCCGGACUUACCAUUAGCAUCAGAAAUGAGAUGGGCAAUGUGCUGGGCAAAGCUCUCAAUAGCUCUUUACUGGUGGCUACUCUACCAAUCACAGUGUGUAACGAUAUUGGAAGGUACAGCUGUGAGGUUAGGGACUUGGUUGAGGGAAGGAAUGAAUCAUUUGAUCUAUACAUGAUGGUGGAUGGCUGCUCUGAUAAGCUGUGCUACAACGAGGAACCAAUAAAAACAGUUUACGCGGCCGUCAACGAUACAGUCGACAUCGAAAUUUGUUGCAUCGCAAACUAUAAACACUUCACCGGCAUCGACAUUGCAAUCAACGGCGUGACAUUUAAAAUGAAUGACUCGGGGAAAAAAUUCAAGUUUAAUGUUGAGCGUAAUGAGCCUUCUCCAUUUCACUACAUUGUCCAUGUAAUUGUGGUGGACAUCCAACGUAAGGACUACGGGAUACUGAGAUGCGUUGUUCACGCGAACCCAAAUUUCCCUGUGAAAUAUGAACUGCAUCUUAAGGGAAUAGGAGAUGAAUGCCAAAGGGGCUGGUGUAAAGGUGCUGAACAAUGCCUACAGUUGCAGACUGCACGAGCUACGCAUGAACAGGCCAACACGACGUGUGCUUUGUACGGAGCUCAGUUGUUUAAUGGGGUCCUCGAGGACCAGGACCAAAGGUGUAUCUCAGAUUUGACAAAUGGCUCUUUGGUCAGCGUGAAGACAUUUUUAUUGAACAAAGCAUUCUGUCUUUUUCACGACAUUGGAAAUUCCAACUCCUCACUUGCUAGCUGUGACGACCAUACACCGUACUUGUGCCAGAUCAAGUAUUGGGGAAUGCCUGAAGAAGUUCACUUUCAGCCUAUAACUGUUGAAGAAGAUGUCGAGCCGAAACAAAACUACCUGGUUAUUGGUGUUGUGGCUGCCGUGUCUAUCAUAUGUCUACCUGCCUUGUCCAUUUGCUACCUGCGGUACCGGCAGAGAGAAAGCCAGAAACUACAGAUUUCUGAAAAAAAAUUGCUGUCUGAAUCCGAAAACGUUGACCGAUUUAAAUGCGAAGAUGAAGACCAAUAUCACACGCUUGAUGACGUCGAGCAUCACAUGUACAAAGACCUUGACCACGGCCACGAGUAUGACGUCACCGAUGACUCCCUUCUCCAGGCUAGCCCUGAUCACCGAGACAGCCUCGCCUCGCCACCUCCUAUGCCACCAAGACCACAGCAGCAACAGUACAUUGAGUUGGGACUGGUCUCCAUCAACAAAAUCUCUGAAAAUAUUUCUACAAAAAGUCUGGAUCUCUCAAAGAAAGACCCUAUUGAUACAACAUCUGAUAGUAAUGACAACAAUAUAUGUAAUACUGGAAAGUCCAUUGAAAAACACGCUGUAAAAAUAACCAAUCUUAAAAUUAGUAGUAAUGAUAAUGAGCAUAAUACUACACGUAUUGAUACAGCUAAUCAAGAGCAACCAUACUCCCCUUUUGUAUUUCCUUCACUUAGUAUCGAUAGUGGUCAGAAUGGAAGUCAAACAGAAACAUCUAUGGAUGAGAAUCAAGACCUAACACUCAUCAACACGGACCAAGAUCUUGCGGGACAUUUCAAUUUCGUUGACGUUCUUAAUGUUAAGGUACAGAGUAAAGAUGAUAUAACUUAUAAUGAGUAUGAUUCAACAGGCCUUGAUACAUUGAGGGAAGAACAUCAGUAUUUCAAAUUUCAGAACACCCAAACAGAUAACUGUGAGAGCCAAACACAAAAUUUGAUUAACCAAACUAAUACAUUAAAAAGCCAAACGCAAAAUUUGAAUGAACAAACUGAUAAAUUAGAAAGCCAAACUCAUAAUUCUAAUGACCAAACUGAUAAAUUAGAAAGCCAAACUCAAAAUUGUAUGAGAGACAGUGUUGUAGAUGUUUACAUCACCCCAACUGUAUCUAACACAGACAGUUCAGAGGUCAAAGGCAAAAACAAUCUCUCGCAAUCUAUAGCCAAUGAUGAAAUGAGAACAGACUGUAAAGAUAAGUAUAACGAUAACCAGAACGAAUAUAUUACGCCGGUUGAAGAUUUUCAGGAAAAUGAAACAAAUUCGGGCUAUGGAUAUUCGGUAUGGGAUGGUGCCAAUAUAGCUGAUCAGUGUAGUGGCGAUGAUAAUUUGAAAACUACAAGCCAAAACAGCAAUUGUGACGAGAGUUAUAUAGACCCUUUGUUUCACGACUAUUACCCGGAAGCAACAAAUAAUAAAUAUCUCUAUUUAGAUGGAUCAACUGGUAGGCCUAUUAUGGAAAGUGCUAAUACAUCAAGUAAGUCAAAAAUUUUACAAGCAGAAGCAAACAACGAAGGCUCACGUCAUGUGCAAGAUGGCGCCCAUAAACCAAACUCAUCUCAUGUGAGUGGUUAUUUUGAAUGGGACGGCUCAGAAGCGAAAGGUACACACGAUUCACCGAUAACUGAGGGUCCAAGCAAUGGCGAAAGACCAAUAUCUGGCUAUUCGGAGUGGGAUGGCUCUAAACUAGACUAUUCGGAGUGGGAUGGCUCUAAUUUAGGCUAUUCGGAAUGGGAUGGCUCUAAAUUAGGCUAA